AUGCGCCAGCGCUUCGCAGAGAUGAAGAUGCAAAACCGCGACAGGCUCGAGCACCACGAGCAAGAGCUCUCCCAGAAGGCACUGAACGCGACGGAGCAGGCCAUAUCAAGGAACAGCGAGGCACUCCGCCGUCAAGAAGCACAGCAAGAGCGCGAGUUCCAGCAGCGGGAAGAGCUUGUCCACCAGGUCCACGCCGAGAAGCUGCAGCACGAAACGCAGAGGAUGGAAAACCACGAGCGCGCGACGAGGUACGACCUAGAGCGCCAGAAGAUCACAUACGAGCAGAAGCGCCAGGAGGCCUACGCCAUGCUCGACGCCAUCCGCGCGGAGACUGCCACCCAGACCAGCACUGCAAAUACCUCCGAGGAAGCAGCCAACCAGCAAGCACAGCGUGAGCAACUCCAUCGCGAGCAAGAUCGUCUGCAGCGCGAGGGCCAGAGACUCGAGCAGGUGUACCAGGACCUCCACCUCGAGGAGCAGGCCGUACACGUCAUGGCAACCCAGGAGAUGCAAAGGAAAAUCGAGAUCGCCGAGCAGAUCGCGGAGGCCCAAGCAGACUUAAAACGAGAGGAGAUCCACCGCGAGCAAGUGCUCCACAAGCAGUCGGCCAUCGCGGCCACGCAGCUCUUGGAGGAGCACUCCGCGGUCCAGAAGGAGCGCGAGGUGGUCCAACGGCAGCCGGAGCUCCAGCUCGAGGCGCAGCGCCACAUCCAUAACAAGCACGACCAGCUUGAAGCCAAGGAAGCAGCGCACCAGCGAGCAACCCUACAGCACCAGCUCUUCUUCAACGAGGCGCAGGAAGAGCACCGUGUGCACCACGUACUCCUCGAGAAGACCCUGAGGGAACAGCUCGGCGGCAUCGCGCCCAGGAUCGACGCGGACAUGCUCGACAGCGUCGUCAGCGCCGUCACCGCGGACACCGAGAAGCAGAAUAUGCGAGCCCAAGCCGACGAGGAAGAGGCCCACCAACGGGACUACAUGCGCUCCGCUCUCCACGCCAUCGCCCCGUCGCACGAGCUCGGUUACGACGUGGCCGAGCUUGGCCAGAUGGCCACCCCGAAGGCGGCAGCACUUCGUGGCGUUCCUUCAUCUUCGGGAUCGUCGAGAGAACUGACGUCGCCCUUCUACUGCAGCCACUGCCAGACCUGCGGGAAGUACACCAGCUGCCAGACGGAGAUCAUUAGGUGCAGGCACUGCGGGAGCGAGAGCCUCGUUGACCGUUCCGCCGUGCUCGGCCACAACGGAUCGCACCCACUGAAGCAGCAGCUCGACCAGGCCAUCGACCAGCACAACAGCCCGCGGCCAGCGCACAAGGUCCGCAUCCUGGACGACGGCGACGGAUUCGACAAUCCACUGGACCGAAAGCGCUUCAACCCUGAAGGGCAGGAGGGCAGCUCGGGCUCAGGAGCCCAGCAAAGGGCGAACCAGGCGACCAGCCACUUUGGCUCGAAGGCGCCGAACGCUUUUUAUCCAGAACGGCCCGCCGAGGCGUCCUACCAGGAAGAAGCAAAGAUCCACCUUUUCACCGACGGCUCCAAACACCCCAAGCAGCCCGGCGACGACGCCUGGUCUGUGGUGAUCGUCGGCGAUGACAACCACGGCUUCAGCUUCCAGGGAGCCAUCGUCGGAAAGCACAAGAGCGGCACCGACGUCGCCCUCCAGGAUGGCAGCGACCACGAGACGACCUCCACGACCGUCGAGAUCACCGCCCCAAUCUGGGCCUUCGCCUGGGUGCCCCACUACAACCCUGACUGCAUCACUACGAUAUUCACCGGCUCGCUCGGCGCCCUGCAGCUUGCGAAGAGGCUCGCCUUCACCGCCCAUGACCCCAACCUCGCCAGGGCCCUCUGCAUGUUCUACGACAUGGUCAGCCCGAAGAUUGACCUGCAGCACGUCCACGCCCACGAACACAAUCCGUGGAACGAGGUUGCUGAUGACGCCGCUGCUAACCGCGGACGCCUACGAGAAGUUCCAGUGCCCCAGCCCGAGUGGGCCAGCAUCAUGGACGGCGCAUUCCAGCGGGGCUGGGAGUUCCUGCUCGACGCGGCCCGACACUUCCACAAGCCAACCGAGUCCAGCGACAGGAAGACCGAAGUCGAGAUCAACAUCGCAACCUUCAACAUCCAGUCAGGCCGGGAGCCCAAGGAAGGAUCGAAGCGAAGAAAGGAUAAGACCAACAAGCUUAAGACCACUAUGGCCAGCCUGUGCGACGAGGACCCCCACAUCAUCGGUAUCCAGGAGGCCAGGACGCCCUGGGGCGUGCGCGACGCGAAACAGGAUGACGAGGCCAGAUGCGCCAACGUCAACAGCUACCACAUCAUCUCUAGCGGCCAUAAGGGGUUCAACUACGGCUGCGAACUGCACGUCCUGCUCAGCAAGCCUUACGGAAAGUGCGACAAGAAGGCCCUCGAGCCCGAGAAGGUUCUCUACUGGCAGAAUCUCACGGAGGCCACCGAAAAAUACCAAGUGAGCAUUAUCUUCUUCGACGCCAGUGCCAGGACAGGCAACCUCGCCAGCGCGGCCAUCGGCGACCAAGGCUUCCAGCAAAACGAGGACCCCAACGGCCGCCGCCUUCAUGAGCUCCUGCCCAACCGCCUCGCGGCCGCCAAUACCUUCGUCAGUCACGGGCCCGAGCGCCAUACCUGGCAUUCGGGCAAGGACCCGCACCGCAUCGACUACGUCAUCAUCCCCGAGAGCUACAUCGACUCAAUCGACGCGUGUUCCGUGCUCUACGGUAUCGACGGCGGCCAGGAUCCAGAAACCAAGGGCGACCACUACCCCGUCAAACUGCAGCUCGCCUACGAGAUCGUCUCAUCUGUCACCAAAGGCAUCCCCAAGCUAGACGAGAGCAAGCUUGCCGACGAAGAAUGCCGCAAGAAGUUCAGCCAGAAGCUCAGCGCAGUUCAACGCCCGCCGUGGGCCACCAAUCUUAAUGACCACCUCACCACUGCCACCGUGGAGAUCACGGAGGCCGCCCACGAGUGCUUCCGCUCACACGGCCGCGCCCCACACAAGCCCUACAUCACCAAGCGCUCAUUCGCCCUCCUGCGGGUUCGCCGCUCGCUGCUCAAGACGACACGGAUCGCCGAGAAGAACGGGGUCGCCAGCCACUUCGGCGCGAAGAGACUACGCUACACGGCCAAGCUCAUCGCGAAGGGCGCUCUGCUACCUUACCCCGCCGACGCGGGACUCCUAGCCGACCUCAGCGACUGCGCGAAGCUCGUGGUGGCCUCCCUCGCCUUCAGCACUCCCAGCCUGGCGGCCAGCGCCGAGGCAGCCGACGCAUCCGACGCUGCGGACAGUGCCCAGCGCUACUUCGACGCCCUCGUUGAAUUCCUCAGAACAUCCAAGCCUACCCUCCAUAAGUGGAUCACGAGAGACCGGGGCGCCUUCCUCGAUGAGACCGCCGACGAGAUGGGCACUGCCAUCGACGACCACGCCCCGCGCGAGGAGGCCUUGCACGCCAAGCGACUCCUGGCCUUCGGAGGUCGGAAGCCCAAGAAACCGCCGACGCCCCCCAUCCGCAGCAACAACGACGGGAAGCCCCUUACGACGAAGAGCGGGAUCGCCGACCACGCCCUGGCCUACUACUGCAAGAUUGAGCAGGCCAUCGCCGCGGACGCCGACGGGGUAGCCGCAGACUACAAUAAGCGCACCAGCAGCGAGGGACCAGAACCGAAGAUCCAGAACAUCACACCCAAGCACCAGCUGACCAGCCAGCUCGCCGCCGCCAAGCGAGGACGCCGAGGCGGCCCCGACCAGCUCACCGACGACAUGUCCAGAGCUGCCCCCGAAAGGAUGGCUCGUCUGCUUCGCUCCGUCCUAGUCAAGAUCCACUUCGAGUGCACUGAGCCGAUCGCCGCCAAGGGCGGGUACUCUACGCCCUUCCACAAGGGCCAGGGGGCCAUGGAGCAGCAGAAAUCCUACCGCGGCAUCCUGCUCAACAACACCAUCGGCAAGAUGCACAGCGGCUUCCUCCGCUCGCGCGUGAAGGGCCUGCUACCAGAGCUCCUAGAAGCGACCCAGAGCGGUGCCCGACCAAAGAUGGCGACGGACUUCAUCACCCACACCAGCCUCGCCUUCAUCAGCGACUGCCAAGAGAGGUCCAGAUCUUGCAGCAUCGCCUUCCUGGACAUUCGGGAGGCCUUCCACUCAGUCAUCAAGGAGUUCUGCAUGCAGCUGCCAACCUCCGCCGACGAGCUCAACGACCUCAUCGAAAUAAUCGUCAUCCCCGACUUUCUCAGACCAGCGCUAAAGGAACGACUCCAGCAGCCUGCCUACAAUGAUCCGCACAUUGGCGACGACCACCUCUGCCACAUGAUCGCGGACCACCAUGCCACCAACUGGAUGACAGCCAAGAACGCCCAGCACUACCAACUGCCUCGGGCCAGCACCCGACCUGGAGUGCCGUACCCCGACGUCGCCUUCAACGCCCACUUCGCCAUCGUGCUCAGGGCGAGCGACCAGGCCGCCUUAGCGGACGAGGCCGACGGCCAGCCGACAGGUGGCCACGAGAUCGAGGCCUGCAGCGCCCCGAACCAGUCCUUCGUCGACGACCUUACGGGCGACAAUUCCACCGACAACGCCGGCGACCUGAUCCAGACGACGACCUUAGCGGCCACCAGGCUCUGCACGGCAGCGUUCCAGAACGGCCUGAAGCCACGCCCCGACAAGACCAAGGCCAUUCUCAUGCACUACGGCGAAAGAGACAGGAAGGAGAAACAGCGAAUCGCCAAGGAGGGAAUCACCCACCUCGAGCUGGACGGCCUCUCGAUCAAGGUGCAGCUAGUGAUCCAGCAGAAAUCCCUCGGAACCAUCAUCGCAGCGGGUGGGGUCACGGGGCCCGAGAUUUGUGCAAGGGUAAACCGCGCGCACGGAGCAGCCCGGCCUCUCGAGAAGCAGAUCCUCCGCCGCGAGAAGCCCUCGAAGAAAGCCAAGGUGAAGUAUGUCCACUCGUUCUCGAGCUCCUCGCUGACCUACAACCACCACGUCUGGGGCGAUCUGGCUCAGAAGGGCCUCAAGCACAUCGCCACCAAGUACAUGGGGCCACACCGCGUGGCAGCCUCGAUGCCCAAGACCAACUCGCCCGAUCAGCACAUCGCCGACGCCGAGGCGGUCGCCAGGACAGGCGCCCCCGACUUCAGCACCCGCCAGACGGCAGCGCACUUGCGAUACCUACCGCGACUGCUGAACCACGCCCCCGCCGCACUACUUCAGCUUCUCGACGGCCAGCGCCAACGAAAGGGCACCUGGAGCCGCCAGCUCAAGAGAGACUUCGACUUCCUUCGAAAGUACCUCCCGCGAGAAAGGUGGCCCAGCCAGACCCAGUACGACUGCGACGUCAUCAGCUGGGCCCGACAGAAGCCCAAACCCUUCACCAAUGCGGUCACGGCGGCGGUGAAAGCCUACCUCCACCACGCGCGCGAUCAGGCCCAGAACGCCAAGCUCCAGAAGGACAUCCAGAUGCUCCCUGCAGUGGCUCCCGCAGGCAUGGCUGUCCACAUGGGCAGGGAUCAUCCCGACCACACGGACCCGCGCUUCUGGGCUACUGGCACUGCAUGCCGCUGCUGCCAGACCGAGCACCACACGUUCCCGAAGCUCAUGAAGCACCACUCGGUGGCCCACCGCUGCCGCAAAUCCUGGCACGCCUGGCACCACCAGACGAUGGGGCCUCUGACAGAGCAGCAGCUCGCCGCGAACUUCAACGCCAUCGCCGAGGCCACGACCGCCAACAGGAAGCAAGGACGCCGCUCGACAUUCAGCGACAAGCCAGCCUACCAAUGCGAUGUCACGCCGCUGCCGCUCCUGGAGACGUCACCCGUGGCACCUAGAAUAUUCGCCAGACUCGAGUCCUCGCCCAGCAGGCCUCCCGUGAGCACGCCUGCUGGACCGGCCGAGCGCCAGGAGGUCGUCUUCAUCACCGACCGCCCUCGACAGGCCGCUGACCCCCAGCAGAUCAUGGCCAACAGCGGGAUCACCUGCAACAGCGGUCUGGACUACAGCUCGAUCUCAACCCACAGCGACGGCCA